AUGGGAGGAGUUCCCGAUGAUGAUGAUGGGUUUUCAAGAUGUGCUCCUUCGGAGGAGAGUGAUCAUCCACCUCAGCUGCAAGCUGAGGCUGUUAUUGCUAGUUCAACUGGAGGGGCAUCAAGCGAUGAGGCCCCACCACGUAUUCAUGGCGACUCUCAAGCAAAAGAGAAUACCGAUGCUGGAGCACCUCCCAUAGUGCGCGAUGACUACACAGACGAUGAUGAUGCACCACCUCAACUCUCACCAGCAAACAUUGAGCCGAGAGCCGUACUUCCUCGAGAAAUGACUGAAGAAGAAGUCAGUCAUUUGCAUAAGCAGCAGCUUGCUAUGGAUCGACCUCCAAAGGCACCGGCGAUGUUAGACAAGGUGGCCGACGAUGAAAGCGAGAGUAUAUACACGACAAUGCUGCCAGUGCAGUCACUUCCAACAAUGGAACAACAAUGCUCGUCAGUAUCUAGUCAACCAGUCCCCACUCCUUUGCAGCAGUUUCCCGCAAGUCUGAAGCAGACAACACCUGGCAGCGUACCAUCUUGCCAAAUGCCAGGUCAGCACACCCCAGAAAUGCAGCAACAAACGUUCAUGAGUCCGGUUAUGCAGAAUGUAUGCGCGCAGCCGUCAUCAGUGUCUUCAGUACACUCUCAGCACAAUUCCUCCUUGGAACUAGCUGGAGGUACAGGUCCUUCCAGUCAGUCCGCCUAUGGCAAUUUGGCUCCGCCUUCAGCUGGCGCAUCGGCAGUUCACUCCGAUCCCAGCACCCCGUUGCGACCAUCAUGUCAAGCGUCGGCUCCGGCUUUCGGAAGUCCACCACAGCCGGCUUCUAUACAACAACAACCACCAGCCCAGGAAAUGCGCGUGAGAACAUCGACAGAAUCAGUUUCUCAACAGCCUUCUGGAGGAUCGAGGAGAAGCGGAGAAUCAUCCAGAUCAAAACACCGAAGCACACAACAGCAGCAGCAACAACAACAGCAGCAGCAGUUGCAACAGCAGGUAGAGUCCUUUGUUCUCAAAUGUUUCGACAUUAACUUUGAAGUUCAGCAACAACAGCAGCAUAUGGCAGCUAUGCAUACUAUGUCCUUCGCUGCAAAUCCAUAUGCAGGGAUGGCGGGAGCUGCUCAUCCACAAACAUACUCAACUUAUCCGUCUGCAUAUCCUACCCAUUUUGAUCCAACCACCGCAGGAUUUUCAACGGCGAAUCCUUAUUGGCAAGCAAGCUAUCCGCAAUAUGCAGCCGCGAAGGCUGCGCCUGGCAUG